UGGCAGACAUUCACAUUUGGUUACAUUAUCGCAUAACCAGAGCUCACUUCACCAUCACUUCACGACUUUUGUAAUCAAUGAAUGGAGUCUUUUCAACAUUUGGGAUAAGUUUUGACAACUAUUGAGCGUUCAGUUUAACACUCAAUAGUAAAUGAGUUUCAACUUAAUUAUGAAUUGAAUAUUUGAUCAUUUUUCUAUCAUCUAAUGUGUAUGAAAUGAAGUAACGAAGUGUUGAUCUUAUGUUGGAAUUGAGGCCAAAAUGAUCUAAAAAAUGAAUGCCAACAGACAGAGCAGUAUUCAUAAAAUCCGAGAAAUCAAAUUGGAGGCACUUUAUAUCGAUAGGGAUUACGAUGUGUUGAAAGAGAUCGGUUCCGGUGAUUAUGGGAAAGUCAUAUUAGCCGUUCAUAGAGGCACCAGUUCUGAGGUGGCGUUAAAAGCCGUGCCAAAGGCCACGACAACUAUCAAAGACUUUUUGAUGGAAUUUCAUUACAGCUAUUUCCUAUCCCCUCAUAAAAACAUUUCAGACACAUAUGAUGUGGCCUUCGAGACCUCCGAACACUACUAUUUUGCUCAAGAAAUGGCACCGUUUGGUGAUCUCUGGCAGUCAGUCGAGAGAACAAACGGCGUCGGACUCAAUGAACGCGACGUGAAAAUUGUUGUCGAACAGAUUUGUUCUGCACUGGAGUUCAUGCACGACAAGGAAUUGGUUCACCGGGACGUCCGUGCUGAAAAUAUCUUAAUAUACUCUCCAAAUCUAACAAAAGUCAAAUUAACUGAUUUUGGUUUAACACGAAAAGUAGGCACUUUAGUGAAGAAGAGGGUGAAGUCAUUGCCGUCGUGUCCGCCGGAAGUGUGGGAAGCGGUGCUGUUAGAGGGCUAUAACAUACAGAUCGGGAGCGAUGUGUGGCAGUUGGCAAUGAUGGUCUACGUGUGUCUCACCACUCGCUUUCCAUGGGAUAAGGCAGACAUAACUGAUCCGAAAUUCACCGAAUUUGUUGAGUGGCAGAAACGCAAGACUACCCGAACUCCCAAAGAGUUCAGAGUAUUCUCUCCACGACUUCUGCGGCUUAUGAGACGACUGAUGGAGUUGAAGCCAAUGAAACGCUAUCCGGUCACUGAAGUGAACAAAUAUCUGAGGGAUCGAUGGCUCGUCCAUAAGUCUCAACGCGCCUCAUCAGUGCACUCACAUAGUAUUACUUUGACAACAAUAGGACAGACAUGUGAGUGCACUGAUGAGGCGCGUUGA